CCUUGCCCAGGGGAGCACGUAGUUUUGAGUCUCUGAGUAGGUGUAACGCCCCCUGUAUGAUAGAUAGAGCAGUGUUGGGUACAGGGGGUGCUGGCAGGCACCACGUGUGUCUUGUGGAUUUUGGGGGCAUUAGCUCUGCAGGUUGAGCUGUGUGGGGGACGCUGCUUGCUGGUGGAGCUGAAAGAGGAAGCUACUAGCUUCUUGAUUCUCACUGCUCUCUCAGAGUUGAAUAACAAGCUUGCUGGGGGUGGGGGGUUUCUGUCUCCUAGGUGGCCGGAGUCUAGUUCAGAAACCUGUUCUCCCUCUUUGCUGUGCAAUAGAGAGAGACCUAGGGGUGUAGUUUCUCAAGGCUUCUUCAGUGUGACUGAGAGCUGUGUAGGCAACACACAGAGGAAAAUGGCUGGGGCUACUGGACUGGAGGCUGCUGUGGUAGGCAGAGUCUUGGUGUGGAUCAGCGUGGGCUUCCUGUGGGACAGCAGUGCAGUGAGACAUUGGGAGGAGUUGUGUGGCUGUCAUGGGUCAGCCUUGUCCUUGGAUGAAAUCUGUAAUAAAUCUCAUUAGGCAAAGCCCAACAAACAACAGUGCAGAGAUUGAGACCAGGGGCCCAGAAUGGUGAGCAACCAGGGCUUCCCCUCAUUUGGAAGAUGUUUCCUCCCCAUCCCUAGGAAAGGUGCCUAUCAGACUAGGAGAUAUCUAAUAAAUGUUUGGCAUGUUUGUGAAGUCAUUUGCCAGUCUUGGGAAUCCUGAGGGCUGGUGAAUGGGGCAAGGAAAGGGAUGAAGGGAGCCCUGAGUGGGGGACCAAGUGGCAGACAGAACAGUAUGUAGUGAUCUGUCUGACAGCUGUCCUCCAGGAGGGGGCAGAGAUGAGGGGUUUGUAGCCUUUAUGAUAGCUGUGCUGGAGGGAAGAAACGUGGUGAGUUGGAGGUGGGGAGGAGAUAGCUCCCUUGGUCAAGGAACCAUCUCUCAGAAGUGAGCUGUGGCUGUAGUGCUAUCUGUUCUUCUGUGGUAGAACUGCGGUGAAGCCUACAGAGGAGCAGUAUUGGCCCUGAGAGGCAGUGGAGACUUGUGGGAGGCAACCAUCUUCUUUGCUGUCUGAUCUACAAAGAAGUUUCCUGGUGUUACACGGGAUCAGAAGAAUGACCGUGACAGUCUGACCUGGACAACAGCUGUGACAGAGCAAGGACAGUGUCCCACAUCCCCCUGAGCCUCCUGGAAUGAAGCCCUGGGCCCUGAGCUUCAGGCCCCUCCUGCUCUGGAUGCUGCUGCCCUGGCCAGGAACAGGGCAGUUCCAAGUGAAAACACCAAGGUCACUGUUUAUUACCCAAGUGAGAGAAGCAGCUGUGCUUCCCUGUCACCUCAGCCCACCCACAGAUGCUCAGAACAUGGAGAUCAGAUGGUACCGGGACCACCAAUCAGCACUGGUGCAUGAGUAUAGGAAUUCUCAGGACCACAUGGAGCAGCAGAGUCUCGAGUACCAAGGGAGGACAGAGCUCCUGAGGGAGAACAUCACCCAAGGCCAGGUGGCCCUGAGGAUCCAUCCCAUCCUUCCUAAAGAUGAAGGACAGUACAGCUGUGUCUUUGUAAGAUCCACACAUGUUGGUCAAGCACAGUUUGAGCUGCUUGUUGCAGCCUCGGGUGCACCUCCUCAUAUCCACAUUCAGCCUGCGGACACUGAGGGCAUCAUACUGACUUGCUCAUCCUCGGGGUGGUACCCAGACCCUGAGCUACAAUGGAGGGACCCACAGGGACAGCCUCUGUCACCUGACUCUGAGACUAGGUCUGAACAAGGAGACGGCCUGAUCCAUGUGGAAAGCUCUGUCACAAUGACAAAAAGCUCAAAAGCAGCUGUGUCCUGUUGGAUCGGGAACCCUGUCCUCAGAGAGGAGAAGGAGGCGCGUCUCUCAGUAGCAGAGGACUUGUUCUCCCGGGUCAACACCUGGACAGUGCAGUCAGCUCUGGUGCUGGGGCUCCUGAUUAUGCUUUUCCUUUUGAUGAUCACUGCUGUUCUCUCCAUGAUGUCUAGAAGAUACCGAGAACGAAUAUAUCGUUUUGGAAGGAAAGGUCAGAAGGAAGAUCCACAAUUUGCAGAAGACAUAAUUGUGGAUGAAGACACCGCUCACCCUCAGCUCUCUGUGUCAGAUGGUGGGAAACGUGUGGAAUAUUUGUCAAAAGAGUGAGAUGUUCCUAAAUUCUCUGGAAGAUUUACUUCUCAGCGAGCUGUGCUGGCUUGGAACAGCUUCUUUAGUGGUCGGCGUUACUGGAAGGUGUAUGUAAGAGAGAGUGAAUUGUGGACAAUAGGCCUGUGCUUGGUUUCAUUCAACAGGAAAUUGCAUUUUGAACAUAUUCAUUCUGAUAAUGGCUUUUUGGAACAUUACCAGAUAUGAUACUAAGUAUUUGACUUUUUCUUUACUGCAUUACAAUUUCAGUGUAAUAGCUUCUCCAUUGACAGUGGGAUUUUUUUUUUUUCUUCAGUAUGAGCAAGGAUUGAUUUCUUUCUAUGCUGGGAAGAAAUUGGGCAUACUCCAUACUUUCACAGGCAACUUCUCUCAAACACUGAGGCCAUAUUUUUUAAUUCCACCUUCAGGAAAGAAUCUUGUUCUUUCCAUCCUCCCAGUGACCUCAGAAGCUCUCCCUAUUGCACACCCAAAGAGCCUUACACAACACUCUUCCCAGUAGACCAGGCGAGCACACUGUGUCCCAGCCAAGAUAAUACUGGGCAGGGCUGGGAGCCUCUGCCAUCAAAGACCCAGGCUGCUUCCCAGCCCUGUGGAAAAUUAUGUAAAAUCCUUGUCAUUUGGCCAUUUCCACUGCUCACUGUGCAGCCCAGCUUCCCCUUAAUACACUUCCCUUCCUUUCCAUAGUCUUUGAGAAGUGCGACUUCUUCCUAUACUUCCUAUACUUCCUGUGAAAUACUUAAAAGUGUUGGCUGCUUCCCGCAGUAGAUCACGGCCACACAUUUCUCACCGUGCUUUAGAGCAGAUUCACAGUGUUUUCCUAUUUCACCCGUGUCUGUGGCCUCCCAACUGAUAACUUCAGAUGCUGUUCAUUUGCAUGACCUCUUCUGUGAUAAAAUCAGUGCACUGAGAUCCCUACCGUGUGGGACAGCAACAAACAGUGAAAUUCAGUCUUAUCAACAAGGCUACUUCCAAAGAUACUUACAUAUGAAAAAUAGUAUUCACAGCCCAUCAGCCCUUUUCAAAUUUCUUAUCCUGUUUGAAUUUUAAAAUAGUUACAAUGAUGAUAUAUAUGGAAUGUACAAAUGAUGAUUUGAUGAUGGGAAUUUCUGAGUUUGAGGGUGUCCUCUCUCCUCUGAAGUGAAAGGCUACAUAAAUUGGGAAUCCCAGGUAGAACCUACACCAGUGUUCUUCUGCAUCCAUCAUAUUAAAACAAUAGAAGUCUACCUGCCAUGCAUGUUCCAGCCUGGGGAAAUUACAGAAAAAUCUCAGGAGAGAAGAGGAAAUUGUUCUCGCACACUGGUGUGGGAGUAAGAAACGCCAUGAAAAUACUACUAUAAGAUUCUCAUGAACAUACAGUCUUCCUAUGACCCCAAGUCCACCCCUGGUUUUGUGCUGUAGAGAAAUUUAACAUGAUAGAGAAGCUCACACAAGACUUUCACACCAACUUUAUUAUUUUGUAAGCCCAGAAAAUAUAGUCAACUCUCAUUAAAUGAAUUUUUGAAGCUUUAGAACAUUUAUAGAGUUGAACAUAAUUUAAAAGUAAAACAAAAAAUGGCUAUUGCAGUCAAUAAUGUAAUUAUCACGGCUCUGCUGAGAAAAUAAACUGAAUGGCAAAGACUUCA